GUGCCGGGGCAGCAGCGGGUGCCGGUGCCGGGGCGGUAGCGGGUGUCGGGGCGCCGCGCCGCCAUGCGGUUUCGGGCAAAGAUUGUGGAUCUCGCCUGCCUCAACAACUUCAGCCGUGAGUAUGGCAGGUCAGGCUGGAGGGCGGCAGUGCCUCGCUGAGCGGCUGGGGUCGGCUUUCCUGGGCAAACGGGAGAGGAAGGGAGGUGUAAUUAACACAAUCGCCAAGUUAGCCAAGACCUGCACCCUGCGCCUUACUGUCUGCAAGUUGUAUUUCAUCCUCUCCGAUAAAGUAGCAAAUGGAGGCGCCAGUAUGUGGUGUGAGCUGUGCCAGGGCAAUUUCUUCGACGAAUUUCAGAUGGAAGGAGUAGCUGCAGAGCACAAUGAAAUCUAUUUAGAGUUGGUGCCUGAGAACCUGUCAAGAGCAUUAAAAACUGCCCACAGUGCUAAGGCAGUGAAGAUCAAGUUGACUAAUAAACACUGUCCCUGUCUCAGAGUUGCUGUUGAGUUACCAUCCUUAUCAAGCAGCAGUAGGAUUGUGACACAUGAUAUUCCUGUGGGGGUUAUUCCCAGAAGAAUAUGGAAUGACUUCAGAGAGCCCACUGUGCCAGACUUUGAUGUCAGUAUUUACCUACCAGUGCUGAAAACAAUGAAGAGCGUUGUGGAAAGAAUGAAGAAUCUCAGCAAUUUCGUUGUGAUUGAAGCAAACUUGAGUGGAGAAAUGAACUUGAAAAUAGAAACUGACUUAGUAUCUGUAACAACACAUUUUAAAGACCUGGGAAAUCCUCCCUGGGCAUCAGAGGAUGAGUGUCAAAGUUCUGCUCAAGGCAGAGAUCCGGAAAGUAUGGCUGAGGCACGCAUAGACAUCAGGAAGCUGCAGCAGCUGCUUGCUGGACAGCAGGUCAAUCCUACAAAAGCAUUGUGCAAUAUUGUAAGUAAAAGAAUUGUCCACUUCGUCUUGCUGCAUGAGGAUGUUUCACUUCAGUAUUUUAUUCCAGCACUUGCCUGAAUGGUUUCGGACCUUGAGCAUUUUCUAACCUGAGGCCUUUCCCAUGAAGUCUGAAAUAUUUCCUGAGUUGCUGGAGUAUUUUCACAUGAUGCACUGUUAGAAGCAGCCAUCAGAUGGACAUUAUUUCGAUAUUUAUGAAAUUAUUCAAAAUACCUCCUCAUUCAGAAAGCCAUUUUUGUGAGGAGUUACAUGCUACAAAAGAUGUACCUCUGGGAAGCUGGCAUAUUGCAGUCUUAGAGGAAGCAAAAGAAAUUUGAAGGUGCUUUUGGGAUACUUUGAGCUAUGAGGAUGGCAAUGAAGUAUUUUGGUUUUGUCAAAAAAUAUAAAGGUAGAAUUCAUCUCUGGAGCUGCUGCUGUGUGUAUUCAGUAUUGGGCAAUGCAGCUCCAAGUUAAGAGGUCUCUAAGCAAGCUAUCAUACUUCCAUGGAACAGGAAAGUCUUCUGGAGGGUUGCAGAUUGGUUUUUGCCUAAACAGGUACACACAGCCCUCCUGAAGUGGUAAUAAAUUGAAUUCUGUUCCAGUAGUGAAGUAUGUGAACUUGAUGCUGUUAAAUGUUGUGCAGCAGAAAUCUUACUGCCAGCAAGUAACAAGAUGUAACAGAUGCUAAGCAGCACCAAGAGUUCAGCUCAUCUCUUCUUACUUGGUUAUAUCUUUUGAUCUGAC